AUGGACCAUUCGCCGACGCCGUUCUCCCGGAGGUGCCAGAGCACCUCCGCGGCGGCCAUUGGGGGGAGCUGUCCGAGGAGGUGGGGGUGGGCGCCUCUGCUGGCAGCCGGGCUGCUCAGCCUCUUUCUGGGAGGGAUGCCCCGGAGCACCGCGUUUCCCUCCUGGAGGACCGAGGAAGAAGCUUACACCACUGUGUUGCUCAUCGGAAUGCGCAAAGAGGCCCACUCGCAAGUGCUGCACCUCUCCAGGAACAAGCGCUACACCCUCACGCCGGAGAAGCUCAAAUGGGACAAAUUCAAGCUCACAUACAAGUUGCUGUCCUAUCCCACAAAUCUGAUCAAUGCCACAGAUACGCGCCGAGGCAUUGCGAAGGCUUUCGCCAUGUGGAGUGACGUCUCUCCUUUCAGUUUCCGAGAGGUGCCGGCAGACCAGGAGGCGGACAUUAAAAUAGGCUUCUACCCCAUCAACCACACGGACUGCCUGGAAUCCUACUUGCACCACUGUUUCGACGGGAUCACAGGAGAACUGGCACAUGCUUUUUUCCCGCCAACGGGCGAGAUCCACUUCGACGACUCCGAAUACUGGAUUCUGGGGAACAUGCGGUUCAGCUGGAAAAAAGGAGUUUGGCUCACAGACCUCGUCCACGUGGCAACGCACGAGAUAGGUCACGUGUUGGGACUCAUGCACUCCAGGGACCCGAAAGCGAUCAUGCACCUGAACGCAACACUGACCGGCCGCAAGCUCAUUACACAGGAUGAGGUGUGGGGUUUGCACCGUCUGUAUGGAUGUUUGGACCGCUUCUUCAUCUGUCCGUCGUGGGCUCGUAAAGGCUAUUGUGAAAGCAAGCGCAAGCUGAUGCAGAAGCACUGCCCCUCCAGCUGCGAUUUCUGUUACGAAUUCCCUUUCCCAACAGUGGCUCCCACAUCAACACCCCCGAGAACCAAACACAAGCUGGUGGUGGAGGGCAAAAAGCUGACGUUCCGUUGCGGGAAGAAAAUAGCAUCAAAGAAAGGCAAAGUAUUCUGGUUCAAGGACGGCGAGCUUCUCGAGUUCUCGCAUCCGAAUUACAUCACCUUGAAGAACGACCACAUCACUAUAGUGGCCAACGCCAUCAACGAGGGUACAUACACCUGCAUCGUGAAGAAGAAAGACAAAGUUCUCACCAAAUACUCAUGGAGAGUGCGUGUGCGAUUCUAA